UGCCACAAUUUAAUACACCUUAGUCCUUUCCCAUGAAAAUACUAUUAAUCUCUUUUUCUCUCUCCUUAUUUAUUCAAUUCAAUUCCACCUUUGCGUAGAAUCAACAUUACAUUAAACACAUAUACAUAGGAGACAGCUGAGAAUGAGAUUGUGUGAAUGAAUGAAUGAACACAAGUACUUAAACACACAUUACUCUCUCAGUUUCUCUCUCUUCUUACUUCUCUCUCCAAACCUUACAUGCACAAAGUUGUGUUUGUGUUCUAAUGGAACUUGCUUGCUUAGACUAAUCAACCAAGUUUUGCAUUUCCAGUAACCAAAACUCUCUUCUUUUUUUUUUCCCCCUUUCUUCUGGGUUGGCAAAGUCAACAUGCAAGAACAAGAUUUUUUUUAGGCUGGUUGGUGGUUUGAGUUCCAAAAAAACUGACUUUUUGUUGAAUAAUUUGGGUCGGUGAAGGGGUGUUAUGAAGAACGAAGAGCAGGCUCGUAGUUUGUUUGGAAUUUCACUCUCUGACAGACCCAGAUGGCAGCAAUUCCUCAUUUGUUCAUCAGGGUUCUUCUUUGGAUAUCUUGUUAACGGCAUCUGUGAGGAAUAUGUGUAUAACAGGCUCCAUUUCAGCUAUGGUUGGUACUUCACAUUUGUUCAAGGGUUUGUGUACCUGUGUCUGAUUUACCUCCAAGGCUUCACAAGCAAGCAAAUGGUGAAUCCAUGGAAAACCUAUGUGAAGCUCUCUGCUGUGCUUAUGGGUUCUCAUGGCCUAACAAAGGGGUCUUUGGCUUUUCUCAACUACCCUGCACAAAUCAUGUUCAAAUCCACAAAGGUUCUGCCAGUGAUGAUAAUGGGUGCCUUCAUACCGGGUCUGAGAAGGAAGUAUCCGCUGCAUGAAUAUAUAUCUGCAAUACUUCUUGUAGUUGGUUUGAUCUUGUUCACACUAGCAGAUGCACAGACAUCUCCAAAUUUCAGUAUGAUUGGUGUUAUUAUGAUUUCUGGAGCAUUGGUCAUGGAUUCUUUCCUGGGAAAUCUUCAAGAAGCAAUAUUUACCAUGAACCCUGAGACCACACAGAUGGAGAUGCUCUUUUGCUCAACUGUGGUGGGUUUGCCUUUCUUAAUCCCACCUAUGCUUUUCACAGGAGAAUUAUUCAAAGCAUGGACUUCAUGUUCACAGCAUCCCUAUGUGUAUGGAGUGCUAGUCUUUGAAGCAAUGGCCACAUUCAUAGGCCAAGUUUCUGUCCUCUCCCUUAUUGCGAUCUUUGGUGCUGCCACCACAGCCAUGAUAACAACGGCAAGAAAGGCAGUGACAUUGCUAUUGUCGUACUUGAUAUUUACAAAACCAUUAACAGAACAGCAUGGGAGUGGACUACUACUCAUAGCUAUGGGGAUCACAUUGAAGAUGUUGCCUGAUAACAAAUUCACUAGCACCAAGACCAAGAGGGUCUUAACCUCUUCUGCAAGGGACAAUGGUGCAAAAUCUACAAGUGAUGAAGAGUUGGGGACUCUGCCAAAUUCUGGAGAAAAUGAUGAAAGGAGGCCUUUGGUCUAGCUUAAUAAUAAUGCGUUCUCAAUGCAAUUUUUAUUUUUGAAGUCAUUAUUUUAUAAAAAAUCAUGAUUUCAUUUUCGUUUUCAUAUCAUGUGAAAGGAAAAAAAGGAAAUAAUUUGAUGUUCAAUUAGCAUUAAUUGUAUACAGGAUUAUUUUUUUAAUGCAAGGCCAUAGAUUUAAAUUUGUUUACUUGA